GAGCCUCUUCCUUCCGCACCACCACGAUCAGCCACAACCGCGUUUGGCGCCCGACCAACGCGUACGACACGAAAUAGCAAGACGGAAGGGCUGUAAAUUGCUAGCUAGCUAACUCUGCUAUGGUCGCGAAAGGCGGGAAGUCGAAGGGCGGCGCGGCAGCCGUUGCACAGGGGGAGGGCGCGACGACGAAGACGCUCCAAACGAGGAGCGCAAAGGCAGGGCUGCAGUUCCCCGUGGGCCGUAUCCACCGAUACCUGAAGCAGCGCACGCAGCACAACGUGCGGAUCGGGGCGAAGGCGGCGGUGUAUACGUCUGCAGUACUGGAGUACUUGACUGCUGAGGUGCUGGAGCUUGCUGGCAACGCCUCGAAAGACCUGCGCGUGAAGCGCAUCACGCCGCGGCACUUGCAGCUCGCGAUUCGCGGGGACGAGGAGCUCGACACGCUCGUGCGCGCGACGAUCGCGGGUGGCGGCGUGCUGCCCUUCAUACACAAGGCGCUCACCGCGAACAAGGCCGCGCCGAAGAAGGCAGGGGAGCAGUGAGCGGGGGUGGGCGGAGCGAUGCUCGAUGGGGUUUGCAGGCGUUGAUGAGACUGAGUGGGCAAAAGGGAGAGGGGGAGAGAUUGAUUGCUCGCGCUCUUGUUUCUCGUUUCAUGAUGAGUGUAUUUGUGUACUUACUAUAAUAUUGUGCGAUGUAAACCGUGGCGAAAGUGCCCAUGACCCGCGAGCAACCGAUGCACAUAAGUAUAGGUCGG